AUGAAUCAAGAAAAAGCCGCUGCCAUUCACCUGGAGGAGAAGUCCCCGCAGUUGGACGAGCAGUUCGAUGUUGUGGACGAAAGGGCCAUAGGAGGCAAUGAUGUCUCUGACCUCCCACCGAAAUACUUUGUCAGUUGGCAGAUCAUCGGUAGCUCUAUGGCCUUCGCGCUAGGUGUUGGGGUGCAGCUGGGUGGUCUGACCAUGAUCAGCAAUGCACUCUAUGCGUACAUCGACCCCGAUCUGGUGGGCUUCUUUCAGCUGUCCAAUGUGUUGACAAAGACAGGGCCGAGCCCCAAUUCCCUAUGGAUCACCACAGCGAUAUCUCUGACUCAGAGUGUUGCUUUGCCGUUAUACGGUCGACUUUCGGAUAUAUUCGGUAGACGAUGGUUCUUCAUUGGCGGCAAUAUCUUUGUUCUGGCUGCAAUGUUGAUCGCAUCCCAAGCCAAGAGUGUCAACAUGGCAAUUGCCGCGUUCUGA